CAAAGCGUCCUGGUGACGACGCUGCGUGACGCGUUACGUACGAUGACGUCGGAGGUCAGAACGUAUGUGCGCACUUCCUGGAAGAGGAGAAACAUAAAUCAAAAUGGGACACACAAUUUUGGAGAGAAUCGUUGCACUUCAGAAGCGAACGUCAAACAUCAGGAAUCUGUGUAUUUUGGCUCAUGUGGAUCACGGGAAGACAACAUUAGCAGAUUGUUUGGUUGCGAGCAAUGGCAUCAUAUCCAGUCGCUUAGCAGGAAAGUUGAGAUACUUGGACAGUAGAGAAGAUGAGCAGAUCAGAGGAAUCACUAUGAAGUCCAGCGCCAUUUCAUUACAUUACACAACAGGAGAAGAGGAGUACCUCAUAAAUCUGAUCGACUCUCCGGGUCACGUGGAUUUCUCCUCUGAGGUGUCCACUGCCGUCAGAUUGUGUGAUGGAGCCAUUGUUGUUGUUGAUGCAGUGGAGGGGGUGUGUCCACAGACACAAGUUGUUUUACGUCAGGCUUGGCUGGAGAACAUCCGUCCUGUGCUCGUCAUCAACAAAAUCGACCGCCUGAUCGUGGAACUGAAACUCACUUCACAAGAGGCGUUCACACAUCUGCAGAAAAUACUGGAGCAGGUGAACGCAGUUACAGGAACGUUAUUCACUUCUAAAGUUUUGGAGGAACGUGCAGAGAAAGACACCGCAGCUCAGAGCAGCUGCCCGGAGAACAGCAAUGGAGAUCAGGUGUACGACUGGAGCGCAGGUCUGGAGGAAACAGACGACUCGGAUCUGUACUUCAGCCCUGACCGGGGUAAUGUGGUGUUUGCCAGCGCUAUCGACGGCUGGGGUUUCAGGAUCCAUCAGUUUGCUGAGAUGUACAGUCAAAAGAUGGGCAUCCGCUCCUGGGUUCUGCUUAAGACCCUUUGGGGAGAUUACUACCUCAAUCUCAAAGCCAAGAAAAUCAUGAAGGGAGCACAGUCCAAAGGAAAGAAGCCCCUGUUCGUCCAGCUCGUCCUGGAUAAUAUCUGGAGUCUGUAUGAUGCCGUGAUCACUCGAAGGGACAAAGAGAAGGUGGAAAAGAUGGUGACGUCAUUGGGGUUAAAGGUCAUGGCUCGUGACCUUAGGCACUCGGACCCCAAAGUGCUGCUCAGUGCCAUUUGUAGUCAGUGGCUUCCUGUUUCUCAGGCUGUGCUCUCGAUGGUUUGUGAAAAGCUGCCCAGUCCGGCUGAGAUGUCGUCUGAGAGAGUUGAAAAGCUGAUGAGCGUGGGAGUGCGCAGGUUUGAUUCUCUGCAUGAGAAAACGCAAGAGCUAAAAAAAGCAUUCCUAGACUGUUCGGCUGAUGGGACGGCGCCGGUAAUCGUCUUUGUGUCGAAAAUGUUUGCUGUGGACGCCAAAUCUCUUCCACAGAACAAACAGAGGCCGUUGACUCAGGAAGAGAUCGCCCAGCGAAGGGAACUGGCCAGGCAGCGGCACGUUGAGAGACAAACGACCAAUCAAAGUGCAGAAACCCCAGGGUCACCUGAUGAUGGAGGGGCUUCAAUCCCAUCAACCCCUGACACCAACAGUGUCACAGAUACUCUGUGUGCGCAGGCGGAGGCUCUUUCUGUCAAAGCUGCGGUCGAGGAUGAAAGCAAAGAGCAUUUUGUGGCAUUCGCUAGGGUCUACAGCGGAGUCGUCAGAAAAGGUCAAAGGGUUUUUGUGCUCGGACCCAAAUACGACCCGUCGCUGGCGCUGAGAACGCUGCCGGAAGGUUGUUCGGUGGCUGAUGAGUUGCCUGCCGUUCCUCACAUGGCCUGCUGUACCGUGGACAAACUUUACCUGCUGAUGGGCCGUGAGCUGGAAGAAUUAGAUGAAGUUCCUUCAGGAAAUGUUCUCGGUAUUGGCGGAAUGGAGGAAUUCAUUCUCAAGUCGGCCACCAUCUCAACGUCGCCCGCCUGCCCGCCCUUCACGCCACUCAACUUUGAAGCCACACCCAUCGUCAGAGUCGCAAUUGAACCCAAGCAUCCAAGUGAGAUGCCGAAGCUGGUACGAGGUAUGAAGCUGCUGAACCAGGCUGACCCGUGUGCGGAGGUGUUGAUACAGGAGACAGGAGAACAUGUUCUGGUUACUGCAGGGGAGGUGCACCUGCAGCGCUGCCUGGAUGACUUGAGGGAGAGGUUUGCUAAAAUCGAGAUCAGUGCUUCCGAACCAAUCAUACCCUUCCGUGAGACGAUCAUCCGGCCGCCCAAGGUGGACAUGGUGAACGAGGAAAUGGGCAAGCAGCAGAAGGUGGCCGUGAUUCACCAGGUAAAAGAGGAUCAGACCAAGUAUCCCGAAGGCAUCCAGGUGGAUUCCACCGGUCUGGUCAUCCUCACCACCCCUAACAAGAUGGCCACGGUCAGGGUACGGGCUAUCCCUCUUCCAGAGCAAGUGACCCAUCUGCUGGAGGACAACGUAGAGGUCAUACGCACAAUGGAGCAGUUCAGCAUGUCCGUCCGGGAGGGCAAGACUCUGGAAAUCAACCAGAAAAUCUUGGAGAACAUCCAGGACUUUAAGGUCAAACUGGAGAGCCACCUGCAGGGCCACAAAUGGAGAGGCGCCGUGGAGCGUAUCUGGGCGUUCGGUCCGCGCCGCUGCGGGCCAAACAUUCUUCUCAACAGCAUCGAAAGCUACCGGAGGCCUUCCGUAUGGCAGUGUUUGGCCCACGAGAAAGAAAAGCCAGAGAGUUUAACGUUCAGAGACUUUGACAACAGCAUCGUUAGUGGCUUUCAAUUGGCAACGCUCGCCGGCCCCAUGUGCGAAGAACCCUUGAUGGGUGUUUGCUUCUCGGUAGAAACUUGGGACAUGAACUUUCAGAAGGACUUGGUUGAUAAGGAGCCCAGUACGGACACCCAAAGUGGAAGUUCGGUGGACUGUUACGGGCCUUUCUCGGGUCAGCUCAUCGCCACCGUGAAGGAGGCCUGCCGUUACGCCUUUCAAGCCCAACCUCAGCGACUGAUGGCUGCGACGUACACCUGCGAGAUCAUGGCCACUGCUGAAGUCUUAGGUCGCGUGUAUGGUGUUUUAUCUAAGCGUGAAGGACGAGUCCUGCACGAGGAGAUGAAGGAAGGGACCGACAUGUUCAUUAUUAAAGCUGUACUUCCUGUUGCCGAGAGCUUCGGAUUUGCUGAUGAAAUCAGGAAGAGGACCAGCGGCCUGGCCAGUCCACAGCUAGUGUUCAGCCACUGGGAGGUGAUCUCCAGUGAUCCGCUCUGGGUGCCCACUACAGAGGAGGAGUAUUUGCACUUUGGAGAAAAAGCCGACUCAAGCAACCAGGCCCUAAAAUACAUGAACGCCGUACGGAGACGCAAGGGACUCUACGUGGACGAGAAGAUCGUAGAACAUGGAGAAAAACAGCGAACUCUCGGCAAAAACAAAUGAACCACCGGAGGCGCUCUUUUCAUUCACAACACACAGACAUCAUCUGAAGAGAAUCUGAAGUUUUGUUUAUACUGUAAUGGAUCCUGUGCAUAGUUUUGUCAAAUUGGUUGAUUAAAUAAUGGUCAAAAUGUGUCAGUGGGUGAGAAGUGAAAACUGUGUGCACUAAUCUAUUGUAAACACAUAAAUCUGUAAUGCUGUAUUUAUUGUUAUAAUACACUAAUAAAAUACGGCAAGCAGUUA